CGACUCCCACUGUGGUCGUUUCCUUUUUCUAUCUUUAUUUUCCUUUCAAUUUAUGGUCAAGAUUUCACUUGUUAAUCUCCGGCAAGAAGAAAGUUUGUGGCUUGAAAAUGGCGUUAUCCUUCCCAUCUGCAAUGCUUCUUCCCAACUCAAGGGAAUUUGAUUGUAGAAACUUCAUUGGAAGGAAUUCAGGAAUUAAAUUUAGGAAUGUUGGAUUUGCAACUCAAUCUUCUUCUAACAAUUCCGGUACUUCAGUUGAAUUUGAUGUGUCAUUUCCCAAUGACUAUACUGAACUUCUUGAACAAGCAAAGAAAGCAGCUGAAUUUGCUUUUAAAGAUAGUUUACAGUUAAUGGAGAUUGAAUUUCCUACUGCUGGUCUUCAAUCUGUACCAGGUGAUGGGGAAGGUGGUAUAGAAAUGACUGGAAGUAUGGAAUUGAUAAGAGAAUUUUGUGACCUCCUUAUAACCCCAGAAAAGUCUACUAGAACACGAAUUUUUUUUCCAGAAGCAAAUGAAGUCACAUUUGCAAGAAAAUCUGUUUUCGAAGGGGCUUCGUUUAAACUGGAUUACUUAACAAAACCUUCCUUAUUUGAAGACUUUGGUUUUGGAUCGAAAGUGAAAAUGGCUGAUCGGGUGAAGCCUAAUGACAAGAUAUUCAUAGUUGGUUAUCCAUAUUUUAAUGUUAAUGAAAUGCUUGUAGUUGAAGAGCUUUACAAAGAAGCAGUCGCCAACACUGACCGAAAAAUGAUUAUAUUCAAUGGAGAACUUGACAGAAUCAGAUCUGGAUAUUAUCCUCCGUUCUUCUAUCCUAAGCUAGCCGCACUUACAAAAACGCUCUUCCCAAAGAUGGAGACAGUCUACUACAUUCAUAAUUUUAAGGGAUUCAGAGGAGGAACCCUUUUCAGAUGUUAUCCUGGUCAAUGGAAGGUAUUGAGGAGGAACACGAAAGGAAAGUACGUUUGUUUGCAUCAGCAAGAGACGAUGCCAUCCCUUAAAGAAGUUGCAUUGGACAUUCUUCCAUCUUCUUAGUUUUUGGGUAUGGAAUGACAAGUUUGUAUCGAUAAAGUUGUGAAUACAGUGUAUCAAAAUUGAACAUGGGUGUAAAGUUUAAACUCGAUUUGACGUAUAUUCAAGAAUUCAGCCAAAUGAUCUAUUAAAACAACAA